AUGCAAUUCCACCACCUCACAACCCUCCUCCUCGCCACCCUCGCCACCGCCGCCCCACUCCCCACCCCUAACACCAACGACCUCUCCACCCGCCAAAUCCCCGCCGCAGGAGGUCUGCCCGCCAUGAACAUGGUCACCGGCCUCCUCAGCCCCGUGACCGGCGCACUGGGUGGACUGGGAGGUUUAGUCAAACGCCAAGGUUUGCCCUCGAUGGGAAGUCUGCCCGGAUUGAAUGAGGUGACGGGAAUUUUGGGAAGUGUGACUGGUGGCGGACUUCCUGGUUUGGUGAAGAAGGAGGUUCCUGGGUUGAGUCUUGUUGGAGGGUUGCUUAAUGGGGUUACUAGUGCGGCGGGAUCUUCGGCGGGGAAGAGUGGGGGAAUUUUGUAG